AUUACUGGAUACUUCGCUGUGCGAAGCAGAUUUAGCACAGCUCCAAGAGCUGGUAACUCAGCAAAUCAACUUACAGCGCUGCAAAACACCAACGCUCGCCUGCUCAACUCCUUACGCUUCUGGAGCUAAACUGGCAUGCAUGGCAGAUUAUGUGAUGAAGUUCCACAUGCUAGCCACUCAGACGGAUGGAACGAUGCUGCACUGAAAGCCAUGUUCAGAGAAUGACUUAACCCUAACCUCCAGAAUGAACUAGCUUGUUGGGAUGAGAACCUGGAUAACCUGGUCUGGAAGCACCCACCUCGGUCCCAACCAGUUCCUCUCUGUCAAAUCCCCUGGACCAAUACAGAUCGACCAUACAAGGAUAUGCCAAGCUCUCUUAGAUUCUGGAUCUGCAGUCAAUUUGAUCCACCACCAGCCCUAGGAGGAGCAACUUCCCCUCACCCAAUGCCCAGUUCCUCUAAGAUUCACUGCUGUGGACUGUCAACCCAUUGGUUACGCAGUUGUGACAGAAACGUCUCUGCAAUUUGUGGAACUUGAACUAGCAUAAUGGCUGCAGGAUCUCAAGAGACAUCAUAUACUGUACAUGAUUUAAUCCAGAAGAGUGAAUUAAUCAGUGAAGGUCCACCUAAACGAUUUCAUCUCAUCACUACAAGAAGUAAUCUUGGUGAAAACGGCUCAGUGAGAAAAUGGACAUUUGGACAGAGAAACAUCAAUAUGCAAAACAAAAUCCUGCUAAUUGUAGGAGAAACUGGAACAGGCAAAACUACUCUGAUAAAUGCCAUGACUAAUUAUAUACUCGGGGUGAAGUUUACAGAUGAAGUGUGGUUUGAGAUUACAGAGGAGGGAGGAGUGAAUCAGUCAGAUCAGUCAAAAAGUCAAACAACUGAAAUCUCUGUGUAUGAGGUGUUUGCCCAGAACAACCCAAACUGUCUGACCAUCAUUGACACUCCAGGUUAUGGAGACACCAGGGGAACAGAAUAUGACAAACAGAUCGCUGAGAAUCUCCACAAUCUGUUUCACAGUGAUGGUGGAGUGAAAGAAAUAGAUGCAGUCUGUCUGGUAGUUAAGGCAUCUGAGAAUCGACUCUCUGACAGACAGCAAUACAUCUUUGAUGCAGUUUUGUCUUUAUUUGGUAAAGACAUAGAGGACAACAUUGUGAUAUUUAUCACUCACUCAGAUGGACUGCCUCCAGAUGAUGCCCUUAACGCCAUUCAAAAAGCAGGGAUUCCCUGCAGGACAAAUAAUGAUAAUGAACCUGAGCAUUUUUUAUUUAACAAUCGGCAAACAAAAAAGAGGAGCAACAAGUAUAACAAAGAUUUCCAGAGAGCUUGGGAUCUAACAGAGGACACUUUAAAUGAGUUCUUUGAUUUACUAUGUAAACAGAACAGAAAAAGUUUAGUGCAGACUGAAACUGUUCUGACUGAGUCGAUACGACUUGAAGCCUGUAUUUCUAAUCUACAAACCCGAAUUGAGUUUAUAGAGUUCAAGAGUAAAGAACUGACUCAAAUACAGAAAGCUCUUGAGGAAAACCAUGAAAAGAUUGAGCGAGAUGAAAACUUUACUUUCACAGUCACCAAAUAUUACAAAGAAAAAGUUCCCAUUGAAGAUGCUUCAUGGAAGAACAGAAAGGUGACCAGUUGCUCUGUCUGUAAGGAGAACUGUCAUGAGUACAGUUGCUGGUGUGCCCUGAAUGCCAGAUUGUGUAAAGUCAUAAAAAAAGGCUACUGCACUGUAUGUACAGGCAAAUGUCACUACACUAAACAUGUCAAAGAGAACAAGAAAUACGUUACACGCAGUGAAAACAACAACAUGACAUUUGAUGAACUUAAAAUACAAUAUGAAGGUUGCGGUAAUCCAGAAUCAGAUACCAGGUUUGACUCUGAGUCCUUUGAGAAUGUAAAAAAGGACUUUGAAAGCAAAAAGAAACAGGAAGAGGAGAAGAGCAUAGAGAAGAGAUUGCAAGAAGAACUGACCGAGAAAGAAAAAGAAAAAGCUGAGCUGGUGGAAGAAGCCUUCAACAGCAUCAUGAAACUGUCAGAGAUUGCUCUGAGGCCAGACUCUGCUUUCAUUGUUCAAUCUCUUGACUUCUUGAUCCCUCGAGCUGAGGAAACUGGAAGAAAUGUUCUUGCUAAGAAUCUAAGAGACCUAAGGAAGAUUCAGCCUGAAUCAGAGGAAAGAGUUCAUGCUGCAAUUGAGUAUGCAAGAGCAGGUUUAAAUAAAGUGAAAAAUUUCAUUAGUGGUAAAUAAAUAAAU